AUGUCCAGUUGUCGACACGACAGUGCUGUCCCUAUCGGCGUUGCUCCUGGCCACUGCGAGUAUGCCACGGAUCCGAUACCCGAACAGAACGCAACAUUUCUGGUCGGCACGUAUGCCAGUCAAGAUGGCAAUGGCACAGCACUGGGCUCAGUCAAUGCGGCCAUCGCUGCUUGGCACUUUCUGCAGACGUGGGUGCAGGAGUUUCCAGAGCACAAGCCAAACGACAACCGCAUUUCUCUGGCCACUGACUCCUACGGCGCGCGAUAUGGGCCUGCGUUCUUCUCUUUCUUCCAGAAACAGAACGACAGGAUCGCCAACGGGACAUUCGACGACGACGGAGAAUCUGUCAUUCUCCACCUAGACACUCUCAUGCUCAUCAACAGCUGCAUCGAUCGUCUUGUGCAGUGGCCCUCGUAUCCACACAUUGCAUACAACAACACGUACGGGAUCGAGAGCGUCAAUGCCUCGGUUCGUGAGCAAAUGUUAGACGCCCUGUAUCGCGAGGGUGGCUGCAACGACCAGAUCUACGAGUGUCGCAACCAUUCAUUAUCCUUCGACCCAAACAACACAGGCGUCAACGAAACAGUCAACGAAGUCUGCCAGAAGGCCGAGACUUUCUGUUCGAGUGAAUUGCGCAACCCAUUCCUACAAUACUCUGGCAGGAACUAUUACGACUUCGCGACGCUGGAACCUGAUCCGUUCACGUCCAAGCUCUACCAAGGUUAUCUGAACCAACCUCAUGUGCAGGCUGCUUUGGGCGUGCCGUUGAAUUGUAGGUUGUCUCUGCACUAA